UCCAGUCUUUCUUCUUCACACCACCCGCAUCCAUGGCUGCCUCCUCCACUCAGCCCCUGAACCCUGCUGCUCCUCCCUUUGUCCCCGUAGCCUCCGCCCUCCCGAAGCUCUGCCCCCCGGCUUCGUCCUCCCUGCCGGUUGGCUUUCCCCUCCCGCCGCAGUGCCUGCUCCCGCCGCCCCCGCUACCGCCGCCGUGCGCGUUGUCCGUCCCGCCCUUGCCAUGGGUGCAGGUGCCUCCUCCCCCUCCAUGUCAGGUAACUGUGUACUGCCGCCCGCUGUCGUGUCCGGUGACGGCGUACUGCAUCCCUCCGCCGCCGCGGCCACCGUUGCUAUCGGGGAAGAGCUGCAGCAGCACGGAAACCGUCGACGGCGCCAGUGACAAGUCUCUGAUGGCCGAGGAGGAAAACCGCCCCUCCCCUCGCUCUGUUCUCUCACCCAGGAGUCCCGCCUCCGUCUCGCCGCGGGCGCCGAAGCCGAGGGCGGCGCCUCGGCCUAUGGGCAGCAAGCCUGCCUUCGACCCAAGCACCGGCAAGACGUCUCUCAUGAUCUGCAACAUCCCCAACGGCUUCUCGAAGCGGAGGAUUAUGGCGAUUCUGGACCAGCACUGCGCCGAGGAGAACGAGAAGCUCCGGCGGGGCGUCGACGGCGGCGGCAAGGCCGUGAACUCGGAGUACGAUUUCCUCUAUGUCCCAAUCGACUUCAGAACGAAGUAUAACAAGGGGUACGCCUUCGUCAACAUGACGACGGCGACGGCGGCGCGUCGGCUGCACGCGUUCCUCCACGGCCACUCAUGGGCGGCGACGGGCUCCAAGAAAGUGUGCGAGGUCGUGCACGCAAGCAUCCAGGGUGCUGAUGCGUUGGUUAAGCACUUCUCCGGCUCCAAGUUCCCCUGCGGCAACGGGAACGAGGAGUUCCUGCCGGUGCGCUUCGGGCCGCCGCGGAGCGACCGCAGGCCGACGGCGGAGCGCGUGAUCGGCCAGGCGGUGGUCCGUUCGAGCCCGCCGCUGAGGCGCUGAGCAGGCCGUUUCGCGCACUGGUCGCCGUGGUCCGCUCUAUCUUGCAUUCUAUCCACGCUAUGCUAUGCCAUGGAUAGAUAGAACGGGAGAUAGACGACUUAUCAUAGGCUGGCUUAAGAAUUUACCUUGUAAUUUCCUUGCUUGUCUCCUUGUUCAAAUAUGCAUUGCAUCCUCGAGCUUUAAAUUUGAAGUUUGUACGAGUAUAAAAUGCGUCAGCUGUCUGAGUUAUUAUCUGGAA